GAAUGGGGAGGGCCAGACCCUGACUUGUCUGACGCUUACUCCGCAAGCGCGAGCGCGCGCGGCUUGGGGCGGUGCCUAGUGCGAGUGGGCAUAGCUUGUCCCAGCCGAGCGUCGCUGUUAUCGCGGGCUGAAGUCGUCUCAGCAGCCAUGGCGAAAGGCAGACUCACCGAACGACCGCAGACUGGGGCACUCCAUACGACCCCAGCGGGGGGCCGGGCAGUGGGGACGCAGAGUCCCGCGGCGCCAGGCAGCAGAGACCAUAUGAAGGAAAAAGCCUGUGUAGAAGCUGGGUCGGCAAGAAUGUCGCUUCUUAUAUUGGUGUCCAUUUUCUCAUCUGCAGCUUUCGUUAUGUUUUUGGUAUAUAAAAAUUUUCCUCAGCUUAGUGAAGAAGAAAGAGUGAAUAUGAAGGUUCCCAGAGAUAUGGAUGAUGCCAAGGCUCUAGGAAAAGUUUUAUCCAAAUAUAAGGACACCUUUUAUGUACAAGUACUUGUAGCUUAUUUUGCUACAUAUAUUUUCUUGCAAACAUUUGCUAUUCCAGGCUCUAUAUUCCUCAGUAUACUCUCAGGGUUUCUGUAUCCCUUUCCACUAGCCUUAUUUCUUGUUUGUUUGUGUUCUGGACUCGGUGCCUCAUUUUGCUACAUGCUCUCCUAUUUAGUUGGGAGGCCAGUUGUAUACAAAUACCUAACAGAGAAAGCAGUAAAAUGGUCACAGCAGGUUGAACGUCAUAGAGAACAUCUCAUUAACUACAUUAUAUUUUUGAGGAUAACACCAUUUCUGCCUAAUUGGUUUAUUAACAUUACAUCUCCUGUAAUAAAUGUACCAUUGAAAGUUUUUUUUAUUGGCACUUUUCUAGGUGUCGCACCUCCCUCUUUUGUAGCAAUCAAGGCAGGAACAACACUGUACCAGCUUACAACAGCAGGGGAAGCUGUUUCCUGGAACUCAGUAUUUGUUCUAAUGGCUUUGGCUCUUCUCUCUAUCCUCCCAGCCAUCUUCCAAAAGAAACUAAAGCAGAAAUUUGAGUAAAAAAUCAUCUGGUUUUUAGUUUUCCAAUCAUCAUCAUCUCAGGAUUGGCAGGUUUAUGUGUUAAGAUCACCUCUUUAGUAAUUGAAACAAGGAAUUUUAAAAUAAAAUAUUUCUUAUGAGACAGUUGAAAUAAUGUGUUAAAGUGGCAAGGGACAGAAGAAAAUGAGAAUGAAAAUUGAUAUACUAUGAAAAAUGCUAUCAGUAGUUAUGGUAGCCAUCUUGUAAAUUACUAUUCCAAGGGUAGCUAUAGAAAAUUAGCAACAGCACGGUAGGAAAUUCUUGACCUAAUUGAUUCAUUCAAUUUAAUACAUUAAUGAACUGGCUAUGAAUACUUAUCCUUGACUUGAUAUUUUAAUAUUUUUCUCUCUUAUCUCUUACUAAUAACUAAAAUAGAUAUAAAGGAAAUAUUCUAGAUUUUUAUAAAUAAUAUUGUAGAUCUGGCUAAUAUUAGCCUUCUUUCAGAGAAUAAACUUAAAACUAAAGCUCAAAAGAUAUUUACAUCAUCUUCCUCUUUUUACCUUUGAGGUAAUAGAUUUGUUUAGAAAUUGCAUCUUAGUGGACUACUGAAUUUGGAAAGGAUAUCAAGUUAUAUUUAUUUAGUGAAUUUUAUUUUUGAUUUUUUCUGUUCUAGAUUAUGUCAUGGAUUAGUCUGAAAUUUAAAAUUCUGACCAGUCUAUUUUCAUCAUUUUUUUCUAGUUUUCAUAGUAUUCCUACUGUGCAUAUACAAAAUGGUGAUUACAUGAUAAUUGUAUCGUAUUGGUGUUGAUAAUUUAUAUUCAGAUAAUAUUUUGUUACACAGUUCCCCUUUACUAUCUCAAAAGGGAAUCAAAGCAAACAUUCAAAGUAUAUAGUUUUUAGAUGUUAGAUUAAUUAUAUUACUUUAUAUUUUGAAACAGAAACAGUGACAGCGCAACAUUUAAGUAGUUAAAUAUAGUUUAUUUGUUCAAUGACUGUAAAAUUUACCUCAUUUAUUUAUUAGUCUGGUCAUUAAAGUAUGUAUUUUGUAAUUAUCUUCCGCAUGAUACACUUACAAGAAUGCCUUGUUUCAUUACUAUUGAUGGCUUUUUUGUUUGGAGCUGCUUUUGAUUAACGUAGUUUCUCAAUUUAGUGUUUUUACUUUUAAUAACUCAAAGUAUAAUUAACUUCUCACAUGGUAACUACUCUAUGGAAAAAGUCCUGGAAACACGAAACAGCUUUUUGCUGCUUGCUUAAUGGUAGCACACUUGAUUCUAGGACAUAACCGAUCUAAAGUAAAGUACUCUCACAGUUUUACCUUUACCCAAGAAUGUCACACUGAACAGUACUUCAACUAUGGGAAAAAUCCUUGUAUGUUUUUAUUGUGAGAGGUAUGAUCAUCCUCAAAGCCUGUUUCUACUAUAUAAUGUGGACUGAUUAUUAUUUUUUCUAUCACAGUAUUAACAAAUGGAUUUACUGUAAAUACAAAGAAAAUAUAUUGAGUAAUAUACUAUUCUUAUGUCAUCUGGACUUUUGUGUGAAAUUAUUUAUUGUUAUUUCUAGCAAGUUUUUUUCCCCUUAAUGACCAGAGACUGAGUGAUAAAGCUUUUGUUAUUUUUACAAAUGAACUUAAAACAUAACCUUUUUGGACAAAGUUCACUAAAUAUUACUGUAGAAAUGUAAUUGAAUAAAUUUUUAUCAGACUUUUAAAAAUAAAAUGUAAGAGUUUAGACUCAGGAGAAGCCUCACUGUUUACUCCAGUAUGUAUAUAUUGUACUUAACUCUAUUCUCAGAGUAUUUUCUCCAUCCUUAUCAUUGAUUCUUUCCCUUUGCUGAUUAUUUUUUUCUGUUAGAAAAUUGUAACGUCAUUCAAGGUGGAGUAUAUUUUCUUCUCCCAAGAGAAUGGCCAGUCUUUCCAGAUUCAUCAUCAUUGACUGUCAAAAAAAAAGAACCCUUUAGUGGGCUGUACCCUAAAUGCAAUUGGUGGCUUAUAUUCAUGGAUUCACAGAGUUGGCUUGAUGCCAGAUAUGGAUUCAUAGUUUAGCCACCUCUUAAAAGACAAUUUCAUAGUAAUAACCACAAGAGAGUAAGUAUGUGGAGUGAGUGGGGAUGUGUGCAGGCUAACUGGGAAGUUCACACACUAAAUGACACACUGUCCCCUUCUUAGUGAAUGGCCCCUCUCUGGAGCUCUGUUACCUUGAGUGUAAUAUUUCUAAGACAAUAAAUACAAACUAAAAUGUAAUAAGAAUAAAAAAACUUAAAUGUAGUACUUGGGAUUUAUUUCAUGGUAGUAUUUGUAUUUAAAAAUCUUUUAUUGAAUAAAAAUAUAUUCUCUUGAAA